AUGGCCCCGCCCCCGAACGUGGCUCCACCCCCUUUCCCGGCCCCGCCCCCGAGCGUGGCCCCGCCCCCUCACCUGGCCCAGACCCUGCAGUCGGAGCUACCCAAAGCGACCAUGGAGGAGCUGGAGCUGCUGGCAGAGGCUGGGGGUGACCUGCUGCCACCAGUGCUGAGAACCCCGGAGGGGCUCGUCCUGCCCCCGCCACCCCCCAACGUACAUCUGCCCCCCGAGACGCUGCGAGAGCAAGUGCAGCAGUUCCAGGCCCACUGCCGCCCCCUGACUGGCUCUCCCAUGGAAGGCCUCGCGGCUGGAGCAGGAUCUAGUUCUAGCCCCUCGCAGCGACGCGUAGGGCAGCAGCCUCCACGGCCGAGACUGAAACGACCCGAUGACUUCGAAUUUGGGAAAAUCCUGGGUAAAGGAGCUUUUUCUACGGUUGUCUUGGCUCGAGAACUGGCAACUUCUAGAGAAUACGCCAUUAAAAUUCUGGAAAAACGUCAUAUCAUAAAAGAAAAGAAGGUGCUAUAUGUGAUGCGUGAGAGAGAUGUAAUGUCCCGCCUGGAUCACCCCUUCUUUGUGAAACUCUACUUCACCUUUCAGGAUGAUGAAAAGCUCUAUUUUGGGCUUAGCUAUGCCAAGAAUGGAGAUCUUCUAAAGUAUAUACGCAAAUUUGGCUCAUUCGAUGAGCCCUGUACCAGGUUUUAUACUGCAGAAAUUGUGUCAGCCCUGGAGUAUUUGCACGGGAAGGGAAUUAUUCACAGGGACCUUAAGCCAGAGAACAUUUUGCUAAAUGAAGACAUGCACAUUCAAAUAGCAGACUUUGGAACAGCAAAAGUGCUAUCUGCAAACAGAAGACAAGCACGGGCAAACUCAUUUGUAGGGACAGCGCAGUAUGUUUCUCCAGAACUCCUGACAAAGGAAUCUGCCUGUAAAAGCUCUGACCUCUGGGCUCUGGGAUGUAUAAUAUAUCAACUCAUAGCUGGGUUGCCUCCGUUUAGAGCUGGAAAUGAAUAUCUUAUAUUCCAGAAGAUAAUAAAGUUGGAAUAUGACUUUCCUGAAAAUUUUUUUCCCAAGGCAAAAGACCUUGUAGAAAAGCUCUUGGUUCGGGACGCUACCAAGAGAUUAGGAUGUGAAGAAAUGGGAGGGUAUGGACCUCUCAAGGCUCAUCCCUUUUUUGAAUCCAUCGUAUGGGAGAACCCACAUCCUCAGACCCCGCCAACAUUCACAGCAUACUUACCUGCUGUGUCAGAGGACAAUGAAGACUGUUACGGAAAUUAUGACAGUCUCCUGAGCCAGUUUGACUGCGUGCGCAUUUCUGACUCUGCCUCUUCCCAUGCUCUGCCUGGCGUAGAGACGAGUCCCCCACAGGCAUCAGGAUGCAACAUUGAACACUAUAUCCAUGAGCUUGACAGCAAUUCCCUUGAGCUGGACCUACAGUUUUCUGAAGAUGAAAAAUGGUUACUUCUGGCAAAACAGGCUUGUAGAAAUCCUUGGCAUCAGUUUGUAGAAAAUAACUUAAUCCUAAAAAUGGGCCCUGUAGACAAACGCAAGGGGUUGUUUGCACAGCGACGCCAGCUGCUGCUGACGGAAGGGCCCCAUCUCUAUUAUGUGGAUCCCGUCAAGAAAGUCCUAAAAGGGGAAAUUCCCUGGUCUUUUGAGCUGCGCCCAGAAGCCAAGAAUUCUGAGACAUUUUUUGUUCACACACCAAACAGGACGUACUGGCUGAGGGACCCGAGUCGGAACGCUCAUAAAUGGUGCGAGAAGAUACAUGAAGUUUGGUGGCACCGAUACCAGCAGAAUGCUGCUAAAUGA